GAUAUUUGACCAGUCAGAGGACGGUUUGUUAGGAAGUGACCAGAAAGGCUGUGGAGUACUUCCUUUAAACACAAAAGUCCAUUUUAUAAUGGAAGCCGUCGUUGCAUCGGAGAAAGGGGCCUGUCAUGCGAAUGAGGACGAGGAAUCGAGCGGAAAAUCCAAUGUUCCCGAAAGGCUGCUGAAGAGGGAUCAGGAAAGGCAGGAGGAGCUAUUAAGGCGCAAAGAGGCCAAGGAGAGCCUGUCCGUCAGAGAGGAGAAAAGCGACUUCUUCACUAGCGCCUUCAACAAGGAGAAGGCAGCAAUAGAGGAUGUGCUGUCGGGCUGUACUGAGGGGGAUGGAGGCACGACAGCUACCGUUUUAGAAGAGGUGUCUUCCAGGAUACAGCAGCUGCAGAAAUUUCUCAACGACAGCAUGGCGUUCCUCACCCAGUACGAGCUGAGACAGGCUCAGGCCUCACUGCAGAAACUGCAAAGCACCCUAGGCGAGAAGCGAGACAAACUGAUGCCCAAGAAGAAGUUCACCUUCCGGUCGCGCAACGCGGGGACAAGCAAAAGUAAGGAGAGUCCCGAUUCUAAGAAGGAAGACUCGCCGGGCUCCACUGCUGUUGAUGGGACGGAGGGUCGCGCCGGUGGCAGCAGGGGGCCCAUGGCUGUGGACGGUGUUAUUAGUGAGCAGCAGUGCGGCUUGUCAAAUGCCGACUCGCAGGUAUUCGUGAAAGGGGCGGAUGAGAUUCAGCAGAGCGACGUGCUGCUGACUCACCUUUCAAACUGCAAAGUCAAGCUGUUGGGCUCCCCGAGUACCCUGCACAUCAAGCACGUCAGGGACUGCGAAAUCUUGUGCGGGCCUGUGUCCAGCUCCAUAUUCCUGGACCAUUGCUCGGGCUGCACCUUCGCUUUCUCCUGCCAGCAGCUGCGGACCCAUAACACCACGGAUUGCCAGGUGUACCUUCACGUCACCAGCCGGGCUAUAAUUGAGGAUUGCAGCGGAGUGCGAUUUGCCCCAUUCAGUUGGAGUUACCCGGGUAUGGAGGCCGACUUUGAGGUCUCCGGCCUUGACAGGGCUAAAAACAAUUGGUCUCAGGUAGAUGAUUUUAACUGGCUGUCCGCUGAGAGUCCUUCGCCUAACUGGGGUGUUAUACCCGAGCAUGAACGGAAAUCCGAAUGGGACUGAAUUAUGAAGUAACUUGCUAGCACUAAGUUAAGAAGAGCGAAUCGUUGCACUGCACCUAUUUUUGUGUGUCUUCAGAUUAACAGAAGGGCUGUUAUCUUUGUGUCCUGAGCGUUGCUUGCUUUUGUGAGAUUUCUUAUCCAGCCGGGGCUUUGGCACAUACAGUACAUCAACAAGUAGAGUUGAAUCUGGACUGUUGAAGACGAUAAGAAGGUUGACAGUUGAAUGUUAUCAUCAAAUGCAACACGUGUUCAUUAAAAGGUGUUCAGCAUAUGACCCUUUAUUUUAUUAGAGGAGCUUAAAAGAACUGUAGUAUAUCAAUGUUCUACAUUACAUUUGGCUUUUUACAGACAUGCUCCCCUGUUAAAAGUGUUCUUUUGGUUGAGACAUUUAAGAAGGUCAGUGUUACUUUACUAAGCCUAAACAUUAGUGUCCCCUUAAUACUUUCUAUGAUUAUGAAACAAUAGGUUAAAAAAAUCUCUUGAUGAAUUAACUGGCUUUCAAAAUAUUACAAAUCAGCUUGAAAGAAAAUGUGAGGGUACUUCAGUCUUUUGAAUACCUACAAUACAGUAUUAGAAGAAAAACCUGUUAAGUCGUAAUUUUAAGUGAUCUGUGGCAUACUGCAAGAUGAGUUAUUUGAUUAUCACCUUACAUACUAUAAGAUUAGUGAUUUUUUAAAGUAUAAAACCUUCCAUAAAAUGGAGAGCAGGAAUGUAAAAAGAUUAAUUAUUAAUUUAUAGUUUAAGUUUGCUUCUCCUGUGAAUUCUUUCAUAACUUUAUAAUACGUCAGAUGCUAUUUUCAAAAUAAUCAUAGUAAAAUGAUGUAUACUAAGAUCCAACAAAGAAAUGGAUCUGAGAAGUCAACGACCUAAAAUGUGCAUGAAGGAAUUGGAUGCAGAGAGUCACUUAAGGGUAGGGGAGCAUUUUAUUCUGUAGAAUAUCACAAAAAUAUUUCAUAAGGAAAAACAUACACCAUGUAAAAAACAUCUUGAAAUCACCUCCAAGAUGAAUGUCUCUGUAAGCAAUAUCCAUAUCUCCAUAAGUUGCAUUUUUUCAUAAUGUCGAUUGCUUGAUGUGAUCUGCUCACAAUGAAUUAAAUUUCAAGCAUCUUGGAUCAGCAGGUCCAGAGACAUUCUUCUAUACCCACAUUGUACAGUGCCCUCCAUGUCAGGCAAAAAUAUGCUCUUGAUGAGUGCAGAUCUACUGGCGCUUGUUUAUCGGUGUAUACUUCAGGAAAUACCAGAGGCAUGGUUUGUGAGCUUGUUUGAUCAAUAGUCUCUUUUGUUGCUUGUAAUUGUGAUGUGAUGCAAUGCACCUUCUCAUCACCGUUCGGAGCCCAUGUAACUGACAAAUGUUCCAAAUUAAAGGAAAACCACUUACUGUUACUCUG